GAGAUAACAAUAACAAGCGAUCGGUCAACGUCAACGUCAACGUCGACAUCGACGUCAACGUAAGCGCUUACGCCGAUGUCGAUGCCGACGUUGACGGAAGCAGCGCCUGCACUUCUGAGCGCCGCUCAGAGUUCGAAGCCGAAGCCUGAGCCGAAGACGAGUCAGUCAUUCGGCGAACGUGAAGCAAACAACUGUUACACAAGCAACGCAGACAGCAAUCGGCAACCGGCAAGCAGCGCAUUGAACUCUUGAGCUAAUCGAAUCUUUUGGCAAGUUAUCAGCAGCCGAAAUGAUGAACCGCUUUUAUCUAUUUGUGUGGCUAUGGUGCAUCUCGCUAGCCACUGCAAGCAAUCAGCCAGUUAUCAGCCACAUCAGUCCGGAUGUGGUGGCCCGAGUGGGAGACACAGUUGAGUUCAAUUGCACCGUGGAGCAUGUGGGUCAAAUGACAGUCAGCUGGGCCAAAUCGGAGCCUAACUCGGCAGUGGUGCUCAGCAUGCGCAAUAUGCUCAGUUUGCCGGAUCAGCGUUACAAUGUUAGCGUACACGAGAAUCCCGACCAGGAUAGCGCCGUCUAUAGCUUUCGCAUACGCCAGAUCGAGGCGAAUGAUAAGGGACCGUACGAAUGCCAAGUGAUUGUCUCCUCCACUGCUAAGGUAACGAAGAAGCUCAAUUUGCUAAUCAAAACGCCGCCCGUCAUCGCUGAAUCGACGACGAAGAGCACUACGGUGACCGAAGGACAGAACCUUGAGGUCUCCUGCCAUGCCGAUGGUUUCCCCAAGCCCACCAUUUCAUGGGCACGCGAGCAACAUGCUUUAUUGCCCGCCGGCGGCCAUGUGCUGAACGAGCCCACGUUAAGGAUAAAGGAGGUGCACCGUUUGGAUCGUGGCGGCUAUUUCUGCAUUGCACAGAACGGAGAAGGUCAACCGGACAAGCGCUUGAUUCGCGUCGAGGUCGAGUUCCGGCCCCAGAUAGUCGUACACCGACCCAAGGUGGCGCAGAUGCUGUACCACACGGCGAACUUGGAGUGCAGCGUUCAGGGGUACCCAGCACCGACGGUGGUAUGGUUUAGGAAAGGCGUGCAGCUCCAAUCCAGCCACAACUACGAGAUCUCCAACACGGCCUCCUCCUCGGAGACGACCACCUCGGUGCUGCGCAUCGACAGCGUCUCAGAUGAGGAUUACGGAGACUUCUAUUGCAAUGCCACCAAUAAGCUGGGCCAUGCCGAUGCCCGGCUGCAUCUCUUCCAGGUCGUCGUGCCUAUGCCCGCGUGGUAGGCAUAUCCGGAGAUUUCCA